AUGGCCGAGUGGCGGGUGUCGCGCGCUCCACCUGUCGCAGAUUCUUCUGGCAGCGUGGUCUUGGGCACCUCUGUCCUUUUCUCUGGACCUUAUCAACGGAUUGUUACAUUAAGAAAACAGGGAGGGGCGCUCUCGUUCGGUUCCCGGGAGACGUCAGGCGAGCGGAACUGCCGUUCGGCGUCCAGCAAGGGCGCCCGGAAGCUUUUCGCUGGGACUCCCGCCCUAGCGACGCCCGAUGGAAUUAUAGAAGAGAGAAUUCAAACUAAAGCUUUUCAAGAGUAUAGCCCAGCUCAUGUGGAUACCGUCUCUGCUGUUGCUGCUCUGAACUCAGACCUUUGUGUCUCCGGAGGAAAAGAUAAGACAGUUGUGGCCUAUAAUUGGAAAACUGGAAAUGUGGUGAAAAGGUUCAAAGGACAUGAACGUGAAAUCACCAAGGUAGCCUGUCUUCCCAAAUCAAACCAGUUCUUCAGUGCCUCUCGGGACAGGAUGGUCAUGAUGUGGGACUUGCAUGGUUCCUCACAACCAAGGCAGCAAUUUUCUGGCCAUGCUAUGGUAGUCACUGGAUUGGCUGUGGGUCCAGACUUAUCACAGCUGUGCACCGGCUCUCGGGACAACACCCUGCUUCUGUGGGAUGUGGGGACCGGACAGUGUGUGGAGAGAGCAUCUGUCUCCAGGAACGUGGUCACUCACCUGUGCUGGGUUCCCAGAGAGCCAUAUAUACUACAGACCUCUGAGGAUAAAACCAUCAGAUUAUGGGACAGUCGGGGGCUACAGGUAGCUCAUACGUUUCCCGCAAAGCAGCACAUUCAGACCUAUUGUGAAGUCAGCGUGGACGGACAUAAGUGUGUCUCCUGCAGCAGCGGCUUUGGAGGAGAAGGCUGUGAGGCCACGUUGUGGGAUCUAAGACAGACACGGAAAAGAAUAUGUGAAUAUAAGGGGCAUUUCCAGACCGUUGCAUCCUGUGUCUUCCUACCAAGAGCAUUGGCCUUGAGGCCUGUAAUUGCUACCUCAUCACAUGAUUGCAAGGUGAAGAUUUGGGACCAAGAUACUGGAGCUUGCCUUUUCACCUUGUCUCUGGAUGGAUCAGGACCUUUGACUUCCCUGGCUGUUAGUGACACCACCUCCUUAUUGUGUGCAAGUUUCAACAGAGGAAUCUACUUACUCAGAGUGGACCACAGUCGAGGGCUGGAACUGCGGGAAGUGGCAGCAUUCUGAG